AUGGCUGACCUCAAACUGAUCAUUGCGUUCCCAAUUCUGGCUUCAAUCUCCUUGUUGUAUCCAUCGGCAAUCGCAGCCAUCAACGAAGACAUGGUGUUCAUUAAUUACCACAUCCACAUAGUGAACGACCUGCCUAACGAUAUGCCGCCUGGUGUUCCGCCGUUAAAAAUCCACUGCAAGUCUGGCGAUAGGGAUAUCGGAGAGAUGCCGAUGUUCCCGCACGAUGACUACCAAUUUGAUACGAAAGUGGACUGGUUCGCGACGACGCUUUUCUUUUGCAGUGUGGACUGGCUGGAAGGGAAGCAGCAGUCUUUCGAUGCAUUCGUUGCCAGGAGAGACGAGCACCGGUGCCGGAAGUACCAUAACUCGUGCUUGUGGUCGGUGAGAGAAGAUGGGAUUUAUUUCAGCGACGAUAAUUUGAACUGGUUUAAUACGUAUCCAUGGUAG